CACAUUUCCUCUAUUUAAUUUGCUCGUGAAUUUUCCUUAUAUAUGGUAAAGCUACAAAUAACACUGGUAGCAUAACCAGAACCACAAAGGAGAGGAGUUUCUAAGGUGAAUAGAAACAAUGGAAGCUACAUCAAGUAGAGGAGUGUCUCAAAAUAGGGCCACAGAGGAUGCAGAUAAAGACCAAUACACUGUUAAUGACUGUCCCAUUGAGCAAGUGAGGCUAACAGUUCCAAUCACUGAUGACCCUACCCAGCCAGCACUGACAUUCAGGACAUGGGUUCUGGGGUUAGCAUCAUGUGUGCUCCUUGCAUUUGUGAACCAGUUUUUGGGCUACAGAACCAACCCUAUGAAUAUCACUUCUGUCUCAGCACAGAUUGUUACACUUCCUCUUGGGAAACUGAUGGCUGCAACACUUCCCACAAGACCAAUUCGUGUCCCAUUUACAAGCUGGUCUUUUUCACUGAAUCCAGGGCCAUUCUCUAUGAAGGAACAUGUGCUGAUCACCAUCUUUGCUAGCUCUGGAUCAGGUGGUGUUUAUGCAAUUAGCAUCAUCACAAUUGUUAAGGCUUUCUAUCAUAGGAGCAUCCACCCUGUAGCUGCUUUUCUAUUAGCACUAUCAACACAGAUGCUUGGGUAUGGAUGGGCUGGGAUUUUCAGAAAAUUCCUUGUUGAUUCCCCUUACAUGUGGUGGCCUGGGAACCUUGUGCUAGUUUCUCUCUUCAGGGCAUUUCAUGAAAAGGAAAAAAGGCCUAAAGGAGGAAACACCAGGCUACAAUUCUUUUUCCUUGUCUUUGCAGCAAGCUUUGCUUAUUACAUUGUUCCUGGCUACUUGUUCCAAGCACUAUCAGCUAUCUCCAUUUUUUGCUUGAUUUGGAAAGAUUCCGUCACCGCACAGCAGAUUGGUUCCGGCAUGAAAGGCCUUGGCGUUGGCUCAUUUGCCCUUGAUUGGAACACUGUUGCUGGCUUCUUAGGAAGUCCAUUGGCUGUGCCUGGGUUUGCCAUCCUCAAUACAUUAGCAGGGUCUGUUCUGCAUUUGUAUGUUGUGAUUCCUCUUGCCUAUUGGAGUAAUAUGUAUGAUGCUAAGAAGUUUCCCCUCAUUAGCUCUCACACAUUUGACUCCACUGGUGCAACAUAUAAUGUUAAUAGGAUUCUAAAUACCAAAACUUUUGACAUUGAUAUGGAUAGUUACAACAAUUACAGCAAGACCUAUCUUAGUAUCACAUUUGCAUUCGACUACGGACUGAGCUUUGCAACUCUGACAUCCACUAUUUCACAUGUUGUCCUCUUCCAUGGAGGAAUGAUUCUUCAGAUGUGGAAGAAGACAACAAGUGCAAUGAAAUCACAACUUGGAGAUGUGCACACAAGAAUCAUGAAGAGAAACUACGAACAAGUCCCUGAGUGGUGGUUUCUCUCCAUUUUGAUUCUAAUGGCUAUGAUGGCCUUUGUAGCUUGUGAAGGCUUUGGCCAGGAGCUCCAACUUCCAUGGUGGGGAAUUUUGCUUUCUCUAGCAAUGGCAGCACUUUUCACCUUGCCACUUGGGGUCAUUGAAGCCACAACAAACAUGAGAUCAGGUCUCAGUGUGAUCACAGAGCUAGUAAUUGGGUACAUAUACCCAGGAAAGCCUCUGGCUAAUGUAGCCUUCAAGAUUUAUGGUAGUAUGAGCAUGUCACAAGCACUUACCUUUCUUGGUGACUUCAAAUUAGGCCAUUACAUGAAAAUUCCUCCAAAAUCCAUGUUCAUUGUGCAACUGGUAGGCACAGUGGUUUCUUCUUGUGUGCACUUUGUCACAGCAUGGUGGGUCCUCACAUCGAUUGAUAACAUUUGUGAUGAAGCAUUGCUGCCAAAGGGUAGUCCCUGGACAUGCCCUGGUGAUGAUGUGUUUUAUCAAGCUUCCAUCAUAUGGGGAGUGGUGGGGCCAAAGAGAAUGUUCACCAAGGAUGGUAUCUACCCUGGGAUGAACUGGUUUUUCCUAUUUGGUCUUCUUGCACCUAUUCCAGUGUGGCUUCUUUCUAGAAGGUUCCCCAGUCACCCGUGGAUUAAGCUUAUCACUCUUCCUAUUAUCACUGCUGGUGCUUCUUACAUUCCACCAGCGAGGUCUGUGAAUUACAUCACUUGGGGAGUUGUUGGAAUCUUCUUCAAUUUCUAUGUUUAUAGGAAUUUCAAGGCAUGGUGGGCUAGGCACACUUACAUACUCUCAGCUGCUUUGGACGCUGGAGUUGCUUUUAUGGGUUUGCUCCUUUAUUUUGCACUUCAAUCUAAUGGUGUUUUUGGUCCAACAUGGUGGGGUCUUGAUAAUGAUCACUGCCCUUUAGCUAGAUGCCCCACAUAUCCAGGUGUAUAUGCCAAGGGAUGCCCUGCUAUGGAACUCCCCUAAUAGCAUUUCAUAUAUAUGCCAAGCAAAUAUAUGAUGUUGAAUAUUCAUUUGCUGUUUCCAAUUUCGGUGGAAUAUGAAGUACUACUUGGAUGGAAGUUUGAUAUUUCUUCCUUCAGAAACUAUUCUGAACUUCCAAAAGCUGCAAAACAGUAUGUGGAAAGGAUUAAAGAACUUGUUGGUGUCCCUAUCCGCCACAAACUGCUUGUAUUGUGAUAAAAAUUAGAAGGUUUUGAAACCGCCAGAAGAGGCAUUCUUGAAAGCUAAAAGUUAAUUGUACACUAUUUCCCCCUUGUGUCCAUAAUACUUGCACUAGGCCUCAUCUCCAGUAAGAGCAAGAGCACCUGCUGGUUCUAAAACAACAAGAUCAAGUUUUAGGUUCAUUUUACAGAUCUUUUAGGUAAAAAUAUAUAAUAACAUACCAUUAAUUCCAUCUGAAACCACAAUUUGUAAUAUCUUAAACAAGAUAUUCGCAAUAGGACGGACAAGCCAUGAUCCAUAAGGGAGAUUCCUAUACUUAAGACAAGAAAAGAGGGUGAACAUAACAUAAAUUUAGUAGAUCAGCACACAUCUAAAAAUGUGUAGUGUCUCCAUAGUAGUCAGCACACAUAACAUAAAUUGCAGUGUCUCCAUUUAGCUAAGUUGCUGCAUCACUCUACACAUUGAUUCAAUCAAAUGAAAAAAUAAAGAAUGAUAUUUCAUUUGUUAAAAGCUGAACAAGGAUUCAAUUUUCCUCUUUUAGGAGAUAAAAAUGUUUGAUGCAAGUCAUAGUGCCUUUCUCUCAUACCAUAAGACGCAAAUUCCUUGCAGCAGAUGCAGCAGCAGCUUGUAAUUCAGGAUCCAUUGCAUGAUAACCUUGUAUUAGU